UAGUUUAAUUCAUGUUUUAAUAAAUUCCAAAUUAACUGAAAACUUCCGAUACGACUGGGUGCUGAGAAUUUUUCGUUAAUGUUAUAUUAGAGGUACAUCAAGCAUUAACGAGAAAUAUACCGUUAUACGAAAUCAACUGACCUCAACAAUCUCCUGGUAGACAGUACACCUUUAGAGUGUAUAGAAAUAUGGUGCGACCGGUACUACGAUGAAAAUAAAAGCGAAUUAUGUCGUGGCAGUGGUUACUUUAUCAUUUUUUUUCUCAAUUAUAAUAAUUGUUAGUGUGGUUGAAUCAACAAAAAACGAUGAACCACAAAAUGAGAAACAAGAACCAACCGUCGAUAUUUCUGAGAAACCUGAUAUACCGAAAGAGGUGAAAAAUUGGCCGGAGCAGCCUUUAAAACUAGGGCAAGUUUCUGGUGUAUCUGUCAAUUCGGCCUUGCAACCUGUUAUCUUUCAUAGAGGAGACCGAGUAUGGGAUCGAUUCUCUUUCAACGAAACACAUCACUUCCAGCUGGCUUAUCUGGGACCAAUAAAAGAGCAUACAGUUCUUACGCUCGAUCCCCAAACAGGGAAAAUAUUGGGAAAAUGGGGAGCAGAUUUCUUUUAUAUGCCACAUGGAUUAACAAUUGAUAGACACGAUAAUCUUUGGUUAACAGACGUUGCGUUGCAUCAAGUAUUCAAGUUCAAGCCCGGUGAGCUUCAGCCGUCACAAACCUUUGGUCAAAGAUUCGAACCAGGAUCUGAUAAAAACCACUUUUGCAAACCAACUUCAACAGCUAUUGCUUUCACUGGUGAGAUUUUCAUCGCCGAUGGUUAUUGCAACACAAGGAUACUUAAAUAUAACGCAGCUGGAAGUUUACUCAGAAUAUUUCCCACAGCUCCAGAUGUUUUGUCGUUACAAGUACCUCACGGAUUAGCGUUAAUUGAGUCUCAGGACAGGAUUUGUGUAGCCGAUAGAGAAAAUAUGAGAGUUGUUUGUCCUAGAGCAGGAUUAUACUCGUUACAAGGGAAAAAAGAACCACCCCUUACAAUUACUUUACCAGAUAUGGGACGUGUGUUUGGAAUUGCAGCUAGAGGCAAGUUUAUUUACGCUGUGAAUGGACCAACGCCUGCUCUUACCGUCCAGGGUAUGACCAUCAACCCACAGACAGAAUCCGUCAUCGAUCAUUGGGCGCCAAAAGAGGAAACAUUUGGAAAUCCUCAUGAUAUUGCAGUAUGUCCGAAUGGAUCAGCCCUUUAUAUAGUCGAAAUCGGACCAAAUCGAGUUUGGAAAUUUGAUUUAGUCCACCCAAAAUAAUAAUGAGAACGUUUCAUUAGACUCCAGAAAUAACAUUUAAAAUAGUGUAUAAAAGCUUCCUCUUUUUAGGUGCAUGAAAAUAGCAUUGGACAUUUGAUUCGUAGACAUAAAUAAUGUCUUUUGACGAAGCUUAUUCGUUAUAAUCACCGAAUAUGUUUAAAAAAAUUUUAAAAAAGUGUGCAUAUCAAUCUCAUUUGUAGAAAGCGUUUUUCAAAAUAAUGUAUUAUAAAUAUUUAGAUAUUUCAUCAAUAACUUUAUUUUCUGACAAAACUUUUGAUGAAAUUCAAAUAAUAGUCCGGCAACAACAACAAAAUCUCUUAGUGAAGUAAUUAUUUUAAUCAGUUUGUCAUGACCGGUAAUUUUAAAUGAAAAAAUUUUCUUGAAGUGGUAGAAAAUUGAUUGUAUAGUUCUGAGAAUCAAAAACAGCACGAACUUUAGACUGGUAGGUAUUAUGCAAAGUUCACUUUGAAAGAAAAUCUACAGAUAUGGUAUCUUGUAACUUUUUAUCUUUUAUUCAAAAAAGAAAUCAAACUUUCAUGUAGUAGUUUUUUCCUAAUUAUUAUAUCCUCUAAGUGCUCCAUGAGCUCCAUUUUCAUUAAUUUAGAGAGAAGAAACAACAACUAAUUAUACAUUUCGACGAUCUAACCAGAUCGUCUUCCAAGAGACAUCAUUUUUGAACUGGAGAUAUCUCCUUUUGGUUAUUUCCUAGAAGAUAUGAAAAUUGAUCGAUAAAGGCGGCCAGAUAUAUUUAUUACUUUUAUCAAAUUAUGUAACAAUUACUCAAUAAGUCCUGUUACUAACUAAAAAAAACUGUUUAUUGCCAAAAAUCGAUUUUAUUCAUCAAUGUAAUCACCUUCAAGAGAAAUACAAUCAUUCCAAGCCUUCUCUAACUUCUCGAUGCGGUGAUUGUAGAUGGAUGUAUCUUAUGUAGCAGGCUUCAGUUUCAGCAACCGCUUCUUCAUUUGAACUAAUUUAAGAGCAUUUUUUUGAGUUCAGAAAAUAGCCAGUAGUCACUGGGGACCAUAUCUGAACUAUACGAUGGAUGACGAAGCAAUUCAACCAUCGUUACCAUCGACCUCUGUGUAGUACUCUUUAUUGAUUGUCUCUCCUUUCUAGACAUAGUCAAUGAACAAUAUUCCAUGCCUAUCCCAAAAUACUCAAGCCAAAACCUACACUUUUGAAGCCAUUGCUGAGCUUGUACAGUAUUUUUUUAUCAAAAAGCAAUGAUAAAACACAUUAAAUUAUUUUGAAUUCAUUGUUCUGAAAAUAACAAAAGUAGUUUCACUUAAAUGGCUGUCAGUUUUUAUGACUAAUCGAAAUGUCAUAAAAUUUUCAUAAACGUCAUAUAAAUUUGACAAUGGCAGCGACAUCUGUAUGUUCGACAUGUGAUAAAGAAAAACUUUUCAUCUUCGGAUUAGGCACAUUUAUUGAGAAAAAGGUGACAAAAUUAUGUAUGUUUGAAAAAAAAUCUAAGAAAUUAAUAAAAUUAUACUUUUAUCAAAAAAAUACACACACACUCUGCUGCUUGAAGAGUUUUCGCUAAUUUCAUAUGAUUUUGCAGAUAAAAUAAGUGCAAUUCAACGUAAGGAAUUCAAUUUUUUUUGUUCCUUUCCUGAUGCCUGCUAGUAGUGGAUUUAAAGUUAAGAAUAGACGAUUAAAAAUGUCUCUUGCAGUUUUUUCUUUAUAUAAAUAUUUCAAUGUUUAAGUGCAUUCAACGAAUUUCCAAAUUUAUUAACCAAGCAAAAAUUGCAUAUUUAUUUAUUGCAAACCGUUUUAUGGAACAAUUACAUGAAGAACUUCUUACUUCAAAGUACCAGUGAUUAAAACAAAAAUUACUGAAGAUUUUGUUCAAGUUGAUACACUUUCCAGUCCUUAUUUACUGGACUAUAAUGUAACUCCCGUACUAUAGGGUAUUAUGGAAAUAUGACAUGGGUAAAUAAUUAGGUAAAUUAAAAUUAUCCGGAAAAUUUAAGUUAUGUAAUUCAAUUCAAUAUUAUGAACUAUCCAUACUAGAAAAUAAUGUUUAUGUAGACAAUAAAAUCAUAUAUACUACUCAG